UCAGUAUUAAAGAGGCGUCGGUGGAGGACGCAGUGGUGACGACGAACUCUCCGACAAGUGAGAAGAAACGAGCUUUUAUGCGAGUGCGGUGCGGCGGAUAUAAAGGAGGGAACACGCGAAGGGAGAUAAAGAUAGGAACACGAAGCACACACCGACGCCCUAACGAUCUUACGAACGAACGAUCGACUGAGAUAUCAUUUAAUUUUCAUUUAUUCUAUUCCAUCACUUUUUUCCGAUCUCGUUGUUAUCCUCCCCCUCCUCUCACAUCCUCCUACAUUUCCUUCUCGAAUUUCUCGAUAUCUUUUCUACCCUCCACUAUAUCUCACCGUCAUAUUUUCGACGUCGAACAAACGAACAUUGAACGAAUAAAUAACCGAUCCCUCGAGCUAUGGCAGCCACCGCUAUGGACCCAGUCGACAUUGCGAAUAUACUAGCGCAAGAACUGCUUUAUCAGCAGUUGGUAUCUUUGGACGGAUUACAUAGCGGUGUACCGACCAGAACGACGCCGACGUUGACGCCGACCACCCUCCGCAGCAUCGAGCAGACGUUCUUGGAGCUGACGAGUGAAUCAGCGACGACGCACGGUCGCGAGGCCGGUUUCGUACCACCGCUGGUUGAACCGUCACAGCCAACCCCGGCACAGACGCAAAACACAACGGCGGCCCAUCUUCCGGCACCAACGACGACCACUCUUAUCGAGAGCCAGCAACAAACUCAAUCGCAACAGCAACAACCAGUUAAACGCAAUAUGGGCGGUAGAAGGCCCACCAGAACGAUUGGGAUGACCCCCGAGGAGGAGGAGAGACGACAGAUCCGGCGCGAAAGGAACAAGAUGGCAGCGGCAAGAUGCCGCAAGCGAAGAAUGGAUCAUACCAAUGCCCUACUUGAAGAGACCGAGGGUUUGGAACAGAAGAAGCAGAGCUUGCAGGAUGAGAUAGAGCACCUGAAUCAAGUCAAAGAAGAACUGGAAUUCAUUUUAGAAACUCACAGAGCCGUUUGCCGCCAUUCGUUGCGUUCUUCGUCCCCGUUAGACGUGAAACCAGUGAUAAAGCCUGAUCUUCCGGCUGAGAAUCACUUCGCCACCGAGCCCGUGAAGAGCGAUACAACAGUGGCCGCAGCAACAAGACCGAACAGACCUAAUUCACUGCCGGUCGGGUUGGAUAAUAACAACAGACUGAAUUCUUUGCCGAUGUUUGUCGAACCUAAAGAAAGACCGGAUACGCUUGCUUUUAAAACAGUGGAAACUCCGUCCUUUAUGAAGCCAUCAAUGGACGUGGCCGGUAUGCCAAUUACUACUCCGACCAGCGGUAUACCAUUUAACUUUGAAUCCCUGAUGGAGGGUGGCACUGGUCUCACACCGGUCUCGACACCUCUGAUACCAUCAUGCUCGACGCAGCAGAGGAACAAUCUGUCAGCCGUGGAUCUCAGCUCCCCGGACGCGAAUCCACCGAAACUCGUGAGCUUGUGACGCUACGAUGAUAUAGCAAAGCACGGAUCGAAUGAGAACGAUCCCGAAUAAGAAUAGAAGUACCAUGACGCGAAAGAAGUUCAAUUUUUUUAGAAAACAGAAGGAAAAGCAGAAGUAUUAUGCGCGUGCUCUUUACAACGAUAUUUUUGAUCGCUCUCAAAAGCUCUUUCACAUGAUUUUGCUUAUUAGAAAGCGCGAUUUUCAAAUUAUUUUAUUGACAGUUUGUGGGCGCUUAUAAUUUUUUAUAAUGAAAUUUGUAAACAAUUUCUUGAUGUUCUUGACUACUAAAACUAUGCAUUUGUUCUUGUAAUAUAUAUAUAUAUAUAUAUAUAUAUAUAUAUAAACAUAAAUCAAAUUUGUCUUUACAAAAAGAAAUAAAGCAAGACAAUUUUUAUCAUUGAGAUAGCAAUUAUUUAAAUAUGAUACUCUGCAAGUACAUUAAUCUUUAACAAAAAAAGAAAAAAUUAUUGUCUUUAGAUUUUAAUGAUCCUAUAGAUGCAGUCUCAGUAUUUUGCCCAUUUGUAGAUGACAAGGCCAACAGAUGAGCCAAUUUGAAACUUUGUAUUGAUCUAUGAUGAAAUGAUUAUUUACUGUGAAAAUAAAUUGUAGAAGAAUAAGAUUAUACAUUUGAAAAAAUAAAGCGCCAACUAUUUGCGCCUUAAAGAAAUUAUCGCAGAUAUAAGCAAUAAUGCUAUCUGCAUACAAGUGAUAUAAAUAUAUGUAAAAUAAUACAUUAGAAAUAUAUAUAUAAUAUAAAGAUUUGUCAUUUUGUAAGCAAUUCAACAAAAGAUGAAUGAAAUUUUAUACUAUGAUUAUACUGAGAAUAGAAAUUUAGAUUGUAAGGAAAAAAACAAGUUUAGCUCAAAACUUCUAAAUAUAUUAAGGAAUAAUAAGAGCUCUUCGAAUCGAGCGCUUAACAUUGAUCAAUAACAGUUCGCAUAAUUCUCAAAAGUAUAUUUAAUAUUAUAGAGCGAAUAAAAUUACACGAAUGCGAGAAUUUCUAUAUUUUGUCCAACGUUUAUAAACUGAUAUUUUGUACACUGGUAUGUAUAAAAUGAAAGAUUAUUGUCUCGCUUUUGUGCUAUCCGCGUUGACAUGAAUAAGUUUUUAUACGCGACUGUCGUUUUUUCCAGUCAAUCUCACAACGUUAUAACAUAUAAUCCCUCCAUAUGAUAUAAUAUAUACACAUACAUAUAUUUUACGAUAUAUGACAUUUUUGCAUGAUCUUAAGCAAUAUUAAUAUAUUAUGCGCGGCUACUAAUGUGAUGUAUGGAAGUCUAUAAUAAUAAUUAUGUUAUAUUUAAUUUAAUUAUAUAUUAUAUAUAUUAAUUAAAUAUAAUUAUAUAAUAUAUAAUAAUUUUAAUUAUAGCUAGAGAGUGUUGUGCUGCUCCUGCUGAUUAAUAAAUUUUGAUUAAAAGUUUUCCAUCAUACUUAGUGGUCGCUAUUGAGAAUCGUAUAUGGAGAUGUAACGCACCAAUGAUAAUGUUGCAAUAUAUUUUGAUUAGAUUGAAUAAAACGAAGUGAAAUUGUA